AUGAACCAAAUGAAUGUCGGGAUGAACCCCGGGGCUGGAGGCCCUGUGGGUGGAGUUCCUAUGAUCAACAACGGAUCCACGGCUUCUCGUAACGACGGCACUAUGAACAACCCCGAAAUCAUGAUCAACAACCUCAACACCUAUAUCUAUGAUUACUUUCUGAAGCGUGGGUACCAUGACUGCGCCCGCGCUCUCUUGCAAGAUGAAAACAUCAAACUCAACACCGACAACAAUCCCAAGACGAGUCCCGGAAAUCGGCGUGAUGGCGAUGUCAAUGGCAUGGACCCCGAUGCUAUGAUGACCGACGGGAAGGAUGGUGACAAGAUCAAGAUCCCAGAUGAUCUCCCUCACCCAAAUAUUCCCAACGAGAGCCCCUCCUCAUUCCUCCUCGAUUGGUUCAGCCUUUUCUGGGAGUUCUUUUGGGCUCAACGCAAGAAAGGAAAUAGCAAUGAUAUUAGGCAAUACCUUCAGCACAACCAGAAUUUCAUGCGUCUGCGAGAACAGCAACACAAUCAAUUUAUGAGGCAGCAGCCCAUGAUGCCCGGCCAGAUGAACCAGCUGCGGAGACAGAAUGGCAUGGUGCCUCCUAACCUGCAGAAAACAGUGCUGCAGAACAACACCACUGGACUCUCGCAACAACAACAGAUGGCGCAGUACCAGAAAACCCAGCAGUUGCAAAUGAUGCAGCAAAUGCAACGGGAUCCGGACAUGGAGAUGGGGGGACAUCGACCACAGUCACCCGCCUCUGCCGACAACGCCCCCUCGCCGUCGAAACGCCCUCGUCUUGAAGGCGCCGUCAGCGGACAGCAACUGGCACCGAAUGGCCGUGGGCAGGUACAAGGAAUGCCUGGACAGCCCAACCCGCAGGCUAUAAUGAUGCAAAAUGGAAUGCAGAGGGGAAUGACUCCGGCGCAAUUCCAGCAGUUCCAGGGACAAGCUGCGCAACAGAAAUCUAUGCAGGUAUAUGCUCAAAACUUGGCCCUUCAUCACUCUCGCUCAGCAUCGAAUUCCCAGGGUAUCCCGAAUGGUGGCAUGAUGAAUCCCGGUGUUAUGGCGAAUCAGGCGGAUCUGGUGCCGAUGCCGGAUGGCCAAGGGAUGUAUCCCAUGGCCGCUGGUCCUGAGUACUACGGUGCAAACGGUCAACUCGCCCAGGUCCGACCUGGUGGUUUACAGACACCUGGCAGUCAGCAUGGUAACCAUGCUCUUCAAGAUUAUCAGAUGCAGCUUAUGCUGCUUGAACAGCAGAAUAAGCGGCGUUUGAUGAUGGCUCGUCAAGAGCAAGAUACCAUGGCCCGCGCUGACGGCCAGCCCCCGAUGCCCGGACAGGGAGGUUUGCCACCAGGCACUUCCCCGGGCAGCAGGGCGGGCGCAUCUCCCAAUCCUAGCGACCAAAUGAAACGAGGCACACCUAAGAUGCCUCCGACUGGACUUCCCGGGUCGCCAAGCGCCGGCGACAUGUCCCAGCGUGGAUCACCCGGAUCCAUGAAUCUCAACGGUGGUCCGAUACCCCCAGAGAUGGCGGCUCAGUUCUUCCCUGGACCGAAUAUGCGACCUCCUAGUUCUAACCCUGCCUUCACUGGGGCUCAAAUGGGUCAGCCGAUUCCGGCCAAUGCCGGCCAGCGUAUGCCUAGUGGACAAUGGCAGCCAGGACAACCGCAGAUGCCUCCGCAGCAUUCGCCCGCGAACCAGCCCCAGGCUGGAACCCCGCAGGAACGAAGCGCGAUGCCUCCGCCCUCGGCGCCACCCGUCACGGGUCCUAACGCUGGUCGGGGCCAGCCGGCGUCACCUCAGACGGCUGGGAACGCGCCACCAACGCCCCAGCAGAGUACUAAGGCUCCACCCAAGGGCAAGAAGGAAGCGAAGGACACCCGCAAGCGACCCAACAAGAAGCAAGCUGCUGCUGCUGCUGCCAGUGCGGCCGCAGGCGCGACUCCAUCCACCGAAGCCGCAGAGCCACCGACCCCAUCGACCCCUGUCACGCCCCAGCAUCCUAACUCUUUCAAUACUAAGAAUGGAGCGAAUGGAGCGAACGGGCCAGCUCAACCGGCACAGCCUACCUCGGCACCUGCUCAGACCAUGGUGCAGCAGCCCCCUGAGCAACAGCAAUCCUUCACUGACCUCAGCAUUCCUGAUCCUACCGCAUUUAACCUUGACUUCAGCGCACUGGAAAAUCCAGACAUUCUGGAGAACUUCGACUUUGACACAUUCCUCAACACGGAUGCCGACGCCACUGGAUUUGGGUUCGACCCCAGCAUAUCCUACUCGGCCGAUGGUGUCGAGACAGGUGCCGGUGAUGGCCUGUGAGCGUGUAAAAGUCUUGACGGUCCUUCAGGUGCUUCACCUCCGAUAUACCCUUGUUUGUACAUUUGAUCAUUACUCUAGUGCGUUUUCGCGGAUACUCGAUCUGUUCUGUUUUCUUGUCUCCCAAUUAUCUGGAUAUGUGUGUUCUGCGCAUGUGCUGUUGUGAGAUUGGCGUUGUUGUAUCUUGUUCAUCGCAUCCUCUCUUCCUCCCCUUGUUUGUCC